CCUGGUCCAGACGAAGCCUCUUGGCAGCCUUGGUAACCAGGGUGAGCGUGAGGAUCGCGUCUGCCCGCUCUUUGAAGCAUGGACGCUCCGCGGAGAAGUUCUCGUCCCCGACUCCUCUACAGGGGACGCGGAGGCAGACACUGGGGGAGACCGCGUCGACACCAGUCCUGACGGGAGCUCAGGGGAUGAGCGUGGGGAGAGGUUAUUAUACCCGUAUGGUUUCGGUAUAUUCGCGCUGAUCUCCUGCUCGCAAUCUUCUAGUUGUAUGUAUGACGGCACGGUAGUGGGAAAAAUCCGUUACUCUUUGGUCUUUGCAAGUUUUUGUCUGUGCGCCUUGCAGGUUGGUAAAGAAUGAUUGAUGGAAGGAAUUCACUUGAAAGCGGCAUACUUCACACAUAUUAAAAACGUCACAAUGCGAACUUUUUAGUAACCAAUGCCAACACACAAACACAAAACAUAUAGCACGAGUCACAGUGAGACGCGAGCCAUAUGUAAAAGUAAAACCAUAGACGCCAAAGAACUCCGAAGCCAUUCUAACGAUAAAUACUGGUCCAACAAUACUUUUGGGGUGUUUUUUCUUUAUUGUGUUAGGACAGGAGUUUCGUUCUGUUUCUCUGAAUCAACCAUUCAAUAAACCGUCUCAAAUGAAAGCAUGCACAAUAGUGAGAGCUAUGUCCACUUACAUUGGUUAUUUUAAAGCGCGCUGAGGGAACCACUCGGAUGUCAACGAUUGAUAUUCUGAGUGGAGACUAAUCAUAAUUUUUUCGAGCCUUGACUGUUGUUUGGAUUGUUUGCGCGCGCGAAUUCACCUUGGCUUAAUGCGCAUUAUGAUGUCAACUCGUUGCCAUUGAGCUUCUAUGACGUCCAUAAACAAGUGCUACAUUUAAAAUUAAUGACGACAGAAAUCGUGUUUUCUGUUAUUGACAAGUACCUGUGAAGCAAUAUAAACUUUUCGGCUUGCUUGCAAAAAUAUGGCCACUAAUAAUUUAGCGGAACAAUCGCAACAGCUAAAUAGUGACAGCAGGAGUGCAUCCCCGAGAGUGUUAGGCAUAGACCUAACGGUUCACAAACGACACAACAGUACGCGGUUACGAGAUGUUGAAGCUGAGACUUCCGCGACUGGCACUGACGUGGAUCUUAGCUCCCUUCUGGAGGAAAACGCUCGACAGAUGCUCAAAUAUCGGAAGAGGCCUCGCCUUGACCACGAGAAAGCAGCGAAACUGAGCAAUUCCUUCUUCAAUCAAGAUUUCCCCACGAGGUUGUGGAAAAUAGUCGAUUCGGACCUGUUCAAGUCGGCCACAUGGGACAAGAAUGGCAUUUACAUGCUUCUCGACGAGGAGCGGUUCACCAAGGAGGUGUUGCAGCGAACAGGAUUCCGACCUACUCUCCCAUGUGUCACCAUGGCAGGAUUCGACCAACAACUGAUCCUCUACGGUUUUCAAAAGCUCUCCUCAGCUACCCCCACCUCAAAGUUGUCCAUGUACUACCAUCACAGCUUCAGACAGCACCAGGAGAACCUACUGAAGAAGAUCAAGGUACCGGUGGUUGCAGAGGUGGAAGCGGUGGAGGAGGAUGAUGUGGAGAUAGUCAUGGUCAUCCCUGGUCCUCCCCGUCAGCCCGACCCUCCUGUUACUCCCAUUACCCCUCCCGUUACAAGUAAAGCUGAGACCCGGGACGGCCAGGCCGAGAAGGACGAGAAGAAGGAGCAGCUCUCGCUAGCUGCCAAUGACCUGGUUGCCAAGAUCAGCUCGGCGGUUAACCAGAGGAAGACCGUUCUGCUGGUCACACCCUCCUCCUCCCACACCCCAUCCACACCCACCCCGGCUCCAGCCUCCUCCCCAGCCCCGUCCUUCACCUUGUCCUACCCCACCCCAGCCCCGUCCUGCUCCUACUCCAACCCAUCCACCCCUGCACAGGCCCUAACCCCCUAUUACACCUACUCCACCCCGGCUCCCACCACAGCCCCAGCCUCCUCCCCAAACCCACCAACGGCCUCUGUGGCUGGGGCAUCUUCGCAGACCUCCAGGCCUAACACCACCCAUGAGGGACACAGCGGUAGUAGUCGAAGCAUCACUCCCAUAGCCCAUGGUUGGGUGAGGCUCAACCCCAACCCUUUCGACAGGGCACCAGGACCAGCUGGACCAGCCCCAGGUCCCCCUGUGGCUACCCCCGAUGCCUGCCCCUACCACCUAGCCCACUCUUUGGUCUUCACACCCUCCGUCAACCACCAGCUUUGUAUAGCCAAGGCCCAGUUCGAAGAGGCAAAUGAGGCCCAGGUACACCAAGCCCACCAGUCACAAGCCCAGGCCCUAAAUGCCCACCUGGCACAAGCUCAGGCCCAUCAGGCUCAAGCCCAGCAGGUCCAAGCUCAGGCCCUAAAUGCCCACCAGGCCCAAGCCCAUCAGGCCCAAUCCCAACAGGUUCAAGCCCAGGCCCUGUAUGCCCAGAUGGCUCAGGCCCAGAUGGCAUGGAUGCAAGCAGCGAUGUAUAACCCCUGGGUCCUCCAGGCCAUGCAAAUGCAGAUGGCAGCCUAUAUGUCCCCCUCACCACACUACCUGCACCGGCCAGCAGGGGGGUUCUCAACCACUCACCACAUAAACCCAGUCUUCCCCAGUGGGAGCAGUAGCCCUGCAAGAGCAGGGUCAGAGUCGUGCCGCUACUCCCCUGAUCUGUCUUUCUCCCCGCCCAAUCCCCGAACCCCUCUAUCCCUCCAUUCAUUGAUCCAUCCAUCGAAGCCAAACCUUGAGUAGGCCUAUGAGCCCCCUCUUCCCCCACAUCCCUGAAAUACUUUUAGACAAAACCUUUAAUGUAGAUUAUUAUUAAACUAUUUUGCAGUUCUUA